AUGCAGACCUACGAGGCAGGAGCGCUCGAUACUGCGAACCGUCACGCGAUGCCUGGCUCGUCGGCACCAUUACCACCCCCAGCAGAGCACUUGGCCGCGGAGGGGAUCGUCUCUGCAACGCCACUGCCACCUCUGCCGACGAAUGCACACUCGCUGAGGCAACCGUUACUGCUCGACAUCGCGUUCGUCGGCAAGGCGUAUGCGCUCUUGCAGUACGUGGCGCUCGUGCUACUCACCGCCACGGUGGUGCUGCUGACCGUGUUCUCGUUCAACCGUUCUCACGUGUCCCACGUGGAGGAUGCGACGGCGUGCAAUCGCUACCCCUUCGAUAACGUUAUCCCACCCGACUUGGCCUUUAGUCUGAUUUGUUUUCUGCUCAACGGUGUCUUCGCCGUCCGCUACGCUGUGCGGGCAGUGCGCUACGAGAAGGGCGGCCUCCUCGUCGUGCAGGUCGUCGUUGUUGCGCUGCAGGUGUGCCGCGCUGCCUACUUUCUACUCUUUGUGGCGCGACGCUGCAUGCGCGUGUCUUCCGAGUCGUCUUCGCCGCCGUUUCCACGGCCGCUUUGGCCGUCGCUGCGCGCCGGUACCCGCGGCAGCAUCGCCAGCAUCUUCAGCAGCGGCGUUGAUACCUCUGGCAUCGAAGGCGCAUUUAUCGUCGAUAACCCUGCGCCGGCGGCUGGGUCGGUCCCGCAGCCACUCUUCACCCUCACCUGCGCCAGCAUUGUCGCCAGUGUGUCGCUCUUUCUGACCGCCUCAGUGCUGUCGCCGUGGGUGUACGCAAGUUUCGGCUGGCGGCGUUACGCGCAGGGCAUCGUGCAGGUUUCCUUGUCCCGCGUGCGGCAGAGGCUGACAGUGCUGCGGACGUGCGUGCAGCUGGACAGAGUCAUCACUGCAAACGGGUACCUUGCUACGGUGUUCUUGCUGGACAGCUGGCCGGAUCAGCGAACGCUGUUGCUGAUGACACUCGCCACCUUUGCGGUGCACUACUUCCUUAUCCCCAUGCUGCGGCGUUCGCGGCACUGGUGGCCCCUUCUGUGCGCUGCAGGUGUGCUGGUGACGGUGAGCGCCUACUACGCCGCCGUGAUUGGGGGUGCGCUCCGCAAGGACCACCGUCUGCAAUCUGUAUCCAGCUCUCCCUGGCACAGCGAAUGCUACACGGAUCGGCUGCGCAAGUGCCUCUAUGAAAUCUCUGCCGAGUACCCAGUCAGCAUUUUCCGCGACGCAUCUGCCGUUGACAGUGAUGGCGCCUUGCGCCUCUCCUACAAUCAGCAUGAGCGAGCUCGGCGGCAGGCGCCGCUAGCGACGGUUCGUCGACACGCCUCGCCGUUUGAUGCAGCGCACGGCGCACUAUGGCGACACGGCAGCCGAGACGCUCGUGUGAGUUCGGGGUUGACUUCGCCUUUCUUUGCGCUAGCUGUGCCUUCUCGAUCAGCGCUGCCACUGCGGCGUGUGAACAAUGCGACGGACACGUACUUGCCCACCUACGGUGCGUACCCCGACUACUUCCGCAUACAGGGCUGCAACGCGACCUGCUUCCUUGCGCGCGAGGAGCACGACAACAUUUUCUUUGAGCGGCGCAUCGCCGGCUGCUGCGCCGAGUACGGGCAGUGCCGGCUCAAGGAUGACUAUCGUACGUACGCGGUACUGCUGCUCUUGGUGUUGAUGCUCUGCUCCUCCGCUGUCCGGGUGGUCUUGCUUGCCGUUGCGUGGCGGAGAUGGGUGGAGGAGGAUGACGUGACGAUUGCGCUCUUUGUCCAGGCGCAUUGCCGCUGCCACCAUCUCGGCGGGUACUGCCGACAGCGCCGGUACACGCGUCAAGAGCAUGGGCAUCGCCACAGACGUGCUGCGGCUGCCGUAGGUGGCGGUGGCCCUAUUUCCCAAUCACCACGUAGGCCACAUGCGUCGCACGCCGCCACCUUCUCAGCGUCACCGCCACCGACGCAGAACCUUCCGUGGGAUGUGGAGCAGUAUGUCGCAUGGAGACAGCGGCAGCAGCGUACUGCCGAGAGCACGAUCUGA